GCGGGCGGCGAGCCAUCGCGAAGAUCCGCGCCUGCCUCGAGGACGACCGCACGCGGCCGCUCCACGACCGCGUCGCGCUCCUCCUCGUCUACGUCCUGCAGAACCACGCGAUCACGUACCGCGGCGUCAUGAAGACGAAGACGUCGACGCUCAAGCUCAACUACCUCACGGAGCCGCAGAAGCAGCGCUGGCUCACGGUCAACGCGACGCGGACGCGGCGCGUCGACGUCGAGAGCCGCGCGAACGACGCGGACAAGAAGCGGCCGCGGAGCCGCGAGGGCUCGCCGGCGGGGAGCCGCGCGGCGAGCCCGACGAACGCGGGCGGCGCGGGCAAGAAGCUCGCCGAGGGCAUGACCGCCGUCGAGGCCCGGGCGAUCCUCGACCGCGCCUUCGACGACCGCGCGCUCGGCGGCGCGCUGCCCAAGCGCGUGCUCGUCGUCGGCUCGGGCUACGUCGCGCAGCACCUCGUCGCGUCGCUGUCGGCGACGGGCGAGUUCGCCGUCUGCUACACGCACCGGCGCGCGGCGGCGCCCUUCGCGGCGCCCCCGGGCGUCGACAGCUGCGCGCUCGACCUGCUCGACGCCGAGUCCUGCGCGGCGGCGCUCUGGGCCCAGCGGCCCGACGUCGUCGUGAACUGCGCGGCCCUGGCGUCGCCGGCGGCCUGCGAGGCGGACGAGGCGCGCGCGGCCGCGACGAACUGCCCGCUCGGCUUCCUGGAGUGCCUCCACGCGUGCUGCCCGGACGCGCUGCUCGUCCACUGCUCCACGGACCUCGUGCUCGCGGGCGUGGACGACGACGGCGCGCCGGCCUACGGCGACGGCGGCGCGUCCGCGCCGCGGGCCGCGGCGCUCGCGGCGGCGGCGAGGCCCGCGACGGCGUACGGGCGCACGAAGCUCGCCUUCGAGGCCGCGCUCGCCGCGGGCUGGCAGCGCGCCGUCGUGUUCCGGUUGUCCAACGUCGUCGGGGCGCCGGCGCCGUUCACGGGCGACGGCAAGUUCGCCCAGUGGGUCGCGGGCGAGCUCCGGAGGGGCGAACCCGUGACGCUCUGGUCCGACGAGGCGCGGAACUUCGUGGACGUGCGCCAGGUCUGCGACGGCGUCGCCGCGGCGGCGCGCCUCUACGGCGUGUCGCGCCAGCCCUGCGACGCGUCGGACGCGCGCGCGCUCGCCGCGGCGGCCCACUCGCCCGCGGAGACCGCGCGCUUCCACGCGAAGGCGCGCGCGCUGCACCCCGCGGUCUUCCUCCACGUCAACUGCGGCGGGCCGGACUGCCUGAGCCGCUAUGCCCUCGGCCGGGCCGUCGCCAACACGCUCGGCCUCGACGCGGGCCUCGUCCGCGCGGCGCCGCGGCCGCCCUCCGCGGCGCCGCUCCGCGCGCCGCUCGACUCCUCGGCGUUCGCGGCGCUCCUCCGCGUGCCGCUCGAGCGGCGCACCGCUGAGACCGCGACCGCCGCGCAGCACACCUCCGCGCCGCAGCGCCACCAAAAGAUGAGCCUCGCCGACGCGACGCGCCUCGCCGAGGCCGGCGACGCGUGCGCCAUGCGCGACGUGGGCUGCGCGCUCCUGCGGCGCGGCGCGGCCGGCGACAAUGCGGCCGGCGUCGCGCUGCUCGAGCGCUGCGUCGCCUCCUCGGCCGACGCGGCGGUGCUCAGCGGCGCGUACUACGGCCUCGCCUACGCCUACGACCACGCGCGGCUCGACGGCGUCGCGCGCGACGCGGCGCGCGCGUCGGCGUGCCUCGCCGAGUCCGCGGCCUGCGGCAACGCGCAGGCGCUGGCGCUCGUCGCGACGCGGCGGCGGCUCCGGCGGCGCGCGCGCUGCAUCGACGGCGUCCUCGUCGCCUGCCUCGUCGUCGUGUUCUUCGCGGCGUGGACGCUCCGGGACCUGCUGGACGUCGUCCAGUUCAGGAGCCUCUACGAGACGGAGGUGCCGGGCUCCGACGCGCGGACCGUCGAGACCUUUCGCUGGCGGCGCGGCGUCUUCGACGGCGCGCGGCGCGGCCGGCUGCUGGAGCGGGGCCAGCGGCUGCUGGACGCGACGGCGGCGCGGGACCUCGACGCGAACGCGUCGAACCCGCUGAGCGACGGCUUCUCGGGCACGCGCGGCGUCGUCGUCCACUUCACGCGGGACGCGCUCGGCGACGGCGCCGCGUUCGGCCACGCGGCCUACGCGUGGCUGCGGGACGGGUUCCUCGACGAGCUCCUCGACGACCGCUGCAACGCCUUCGUCUUCAACAUCCUCGUGAUCCCGCCGGGCCGCGCGGCCGCGGCGGACGGCGCCGGCGGCGUCGGGAGCCACGUCGACCAGACGCUGAUCCAGUCGACGACGAUCCGCGAGCAGACGGCCUUCCACGUCUCCGUGGGCUACAUGCGCGUGCCCGACGGCCUCGCCGGCGGCGAGCUCGUGCUCGACGGCCGCGCGCACCACCCGGCGGAGGGCGACGUCCUCACGUUCCGCGGCGACCUGGCCCACAAAGUGCGCCCCUUCUGCGGCGGCGGCGCGGCGUCCUGCGACCGCGACGCGGACCCGGCCAAGGCCCGCGUCUCCUUCGUGCUCGAGCAGUACCGCCUGCCGCCGGAGAAGCUCGCGCGGAGCCCGUCCUUCGUCGUCGCGCCGUCGAAGCGCGAGCAGUCGGCCAUCCCCGUCGUCGCGAGCCUCCGGCCCUUCGGGCCGGCCCUCGUCGAGCUCUACCUCGCGCUGCGGCGGCGCUGGCUGAGCCCCAGGCACGCGCCCCCGAGGUAA